AUGCUUCAAGUAUUUGGAUCGCUUCAUAAUCUCCCCUGCCGCAGGACCGUGGAUAUCUAUGGGUAUGAUAUACAGUGUCAAACCAACCACUCUAUUUACAUUGUAAGUCACGUGAUAGAAGAUGGAUUCCAGAAGCUAUCGCCACUUGACAGAUUAUUUGGAUGUGAUGUUAAGAAUGCAUUGGUAUGUGGACAACAUUACCCCAUUAACUCAACAAUCUCUGAGGACUCGGCCAUCUUCAAGCGCGCAGUCAGCACCUGCAAUGGAAAGAACAUGUGUACGUUGAAAAAGAAGUAUUUUGAAGACAGUGAGAAUUUCUUUCGAAACGAUUGUCCAUCUCUUAAGAGUUAUCCAAAUGCGAUGGUUCGUCAAAGUAUUGAAUAUGAAUGCAUACAAGAAAACGAGAGAUCUGUCAUCGAUAUGUGUAAAUAUCUAAAUGUAAGUCGCAACGGAAACGUUUAUAUGAAGGCCAAGGGUCCAAAUAAGAUUUGCAGGUGUGAAAUACAGGGGGUUGUCUCCGGAUUGGUAAUUCUGAGUUCCUACAAGACAAUCAUCACGACAAACCAGCGGUUCCGAAAUCCUCCCGAAAAGAAAGAAGCUGAUAUAGUAUACGGACGUCAUUUGUCGAUAAGAACUGACCGUCUCUCCAUUACUGUGAACUUGACAUCUCUGGAAAGUAUGAUUUUUCUGAAAGUAUUAAUUGAAGAAAAAGUCGUACCUCUCGUCAGAGCAGAAUCCAUGGUCUUUAUAACUGAGGCUCCGACUAUCGACACAACCAAAAUAAGUAUAGAGGGAAACUACACCAAGACUGGAUUUCUUAAAUCACUGCUCUCUACAACUGGGUCAGCUGAUUUGUCACAUAAUGUCCAAGUCAGUACUGACUUUGGAACUGACCAAGAUAAUCAUGGGUGGUUGGUUACAGGUAUUAUUUUAGUUUUUCUCGUUGUUACACCUCUUUUCAUCUGGAAAUUGAAACCUCGAAAAAACAAGAUUAAGUCCACAGAAACUUCCGAUAAUGGAAAGAUAGGGAAAAUUUGACAUCAGUGGAGAGCAGAGGAAAGGAAAAGAUUCACUUGCAAGCAUCAACUGAAAAGCCACAAGAAGUUGUGUACACAAGCCUCAUUACACAGACUGAUCGUGUUACAAGUUAUGAUGAACCCGUUCUCUUUACAUUGCCACCAUAUAAUAAGUAUAUUGAAGUUCUUCCAGAU